AUGGGUACAGAUAGCAAAACAGCUAUACAACAACCAUCGUCGAAAGUAGCUCUUGUUUCAUCAUCAUCAUCAUCAUUGAAAAAUAUAAAAAAGAAAAAAUCUAAAACUAGUCAUCAUAAAUCGAAACAUAAUAAACAACAACGUUCAGAAUCAUCAUCAUCACGAUCAUCAAAUGAAUAUGAACGUAAUACAACAACAACAUCAUCAUCAAAAAAAUCCAAUAAAACAAAAAAUUCUAAAGAAAAAAAUAAAUUAUCUUCAACAAAUGAUACACGUCAUCAUGAUAAAAAAUCUUCAAAUAAUAAAAAAAAAUCACAUCGUUCAAAACAUGAUUCAUCAGAAUCACCACCAAAAAGAAAUAAUACAACACGAAGUCGUUCAAAAUCAAGAUCAAGAAGUGAUAGAUCUAGUGACAGAUCAUCCUCACCUGAAUCAUCAUCACGUUAUCGUCAUAAAAAUUCACUUCGUCGUUCUGGUUCAAAUAUGCAAAAUGUUUAUUCACCAAUGACUCAUUCAAAUUUUCCUCCAAAUAUGCCACGUCAUUAUCCACCACCAAAUGCUCUUCAUCCUCGAGAUGCUAGAAUGCUUCCUUAUAUGCCACCAUCAAUGAUGGGUGGACCACCUAUGCGCAAUAAUAAUGGUAAUCGUCGAUCUGGUGGUAAUAGUCCACCACAAUCUUUACUCGGUGGUUAUCGACCACCACCUGGUAAUUUUCGUGGUCGUGGUGGUGGAAUGAAUAAUCCUGCUUAUAUUCAUAAUAUGGCUAAUAUGCUUAAUCUUAUACAACAACAACAACAGCAACAACAAAAACAAAAGCCAGGCUCACAAAAAUAUGCUAAUCCAAAUAAUCCAAAUAAUCGUUUUUAUCAACAAUUUCAAGAUAAUUAUAAAAAAAUAAGUCAGGGACAAAAAAUAAGUAAUUUAUAUCAAGCAUCAUUUCCUGUUCAACAUAUACCACGUGAAAUGCGUUUUAAUUUUCGUUUACUUGGACGAAAUAUAUUUACAGCAUCCGAUGAAGAAGAAGAACAGCAACAACAACAACAACAACAACAACAGCAACAACAAACAGCAUCAACAUCAGAAAAACGUUCAAAACAAAGACAUGAUUCAAGUUCAUCAUCAGAUUCGGAUUCUGAUAAUGAUCGUCGAAGACGUCGUGACGAUGAUGAUGGUGAAGAAGAAAAAACAACAACUACUACAACAAAGUCAAAAUCAUCACCAAUACAAAAAACAUCUAAUGAACAAAAACGUUCAUCAACAAAAACUAAUCGAAAUCGUCCAUCAUUAACAACAACAACACAACAUUCAAAAACAAUUCAACCUCCACAUGACCUUUUAACUGAUCCAGCUAAUUUAAGUACACUUUUAGCUGGUAUUAUGCAUAGUGAAAAUCCAGAAAUAAUUGCUAAUACCUUAGUUACUGCUGCUGCUGCUGUUAAUAGUAAACGAGAACGAACAAAAAAACAAUUAGAAAAAAAAGUACAAAAAUUUAAAAAUUAUGCUCGAUUUCAACAAAUACAAGCAGCUGCUGGUGGUGUUGUUCCACAAACAAAUCCCGAAGAAGUCGAAAAGAAAAUUCAUGGCCUUGCUAGACGAUUGCAAAUGAAAACAAUUGGUUUACAUGAUGAUUAUGAGUCGCAAGGUAUUAAACGAUCUGAUGAAUCUAGUGGAGAUUCCGAUGCAAAUGAACGUCGUCAUCGUUCAUCUGGUUCAAGUACUGAACGUUCAAAAGAUAAAGAUGUUGGAAGUGAUGCUAGUACAAAUUCUCAAAAACAACGUAAACUUAAAAAAUUGAAUAAACGACCAAAUAAGAAAGUAAAUUCUACUGGUCAAUCAAUUGGUUCAAGUGAUAGUGAACAACAUCGUUCAGAUGGUAAUGAUAGUGAUGGAAGUAUGCUUAAUUUAAAUGAAGAUCUUAAACCAAUUAGUUAUUAUAUCAAAAAUCGUGAACGUAUGCUUCAUGAAAUGUUUCGAUGUGUUCGUGGUCACAAACUUCAGGCUAUAUUACCAGAUGCACUGAAGACACGUUCUCUUGACGAAAUAAAAGCAAAAUGUCUCGAUCAACUCGAUAUUUUAUCAAAAAAACGUAUUCGAGCAAUAUUAAUAGCACAACCAAUGACAUCAUCAAGUGGUACGGAGGACAGUACAGACGAAGAUGAACAAGAUUUUUUUACAUUAUAUCCACAUUUGAAAUCAUCGUUAGAUACAACAAAUAAUAAUGUACCAAAUGCUACAACUACGAAUACAUCAACAGCAACACCUUCGACAGACAGUAAUAAAAAACCUCUACCUAAUAGUAAAUUUCGUCCAGUACCACUGCAAGUUGUUACUGAAAAUACUCAAACAACAAUAGUUCAAAGUACUCUGUUUGCACCAGCAGUUGUCGGUGGUGAUGAAGAUGUUAAUGAUUAUUAUGAAGGUUUUAAAAAAAUAAAAAAAUUAGCUAAUCUUCGUCGUAAUGAACAAGAUGAUGAAUUUUUACCAUUUCCCGAUCAAAGUGGUAAACUUUUACAACCAUUUGGUUCAACUAUGCCAAAAUUUGAAUUUAAACCAAUAACAAGUUUAACACAUAGUCAACAAGCACAUUUACAUGCACGACGAGUUGCUAAUCGACAACAACAACAAAAUGAUGUACGUCAAGAAAUCGAUGAUUUACUUAAUAUUGAUGAUUUUGUUUUACCUGAUGGUGAUCGUCCAUUAUCAUCAGCUGAAUUAUCAACAAAUGAACAACGUCAUUAUGGUUUACCACCAAGAUUACAUCAUAAAAUGCCAAUAGGACCACCAAAAAAAGGAUCAUUAGGUGAUUUACUUAAGCAAAAAAAUAAACAAUCCGGUGAUCGUAGUCCAUCACCAAUGAUCGAUGAAAGAAAUUUAAAAAGACAACGACAACAACGACGACGACAUUCACAUUCAUUAAGUUCAACUGGUAGUGCACAAUGGUCACGAUCAUCAUCGUUAUCGAGUAAUGAUGAUCGAAUAUCAAGACAUUCAUCACGUGAAAUGACACCAUCAAUUGAAAACAAUCAUAAUGGUAAACAUGAAACAAUUGAAAAUGAUAUAACCGAUAUGAAUGAUUUAUCAAAAUUACUUGAUUUAAAUGAAGAAGAUGAAUUAUUAUUACUACAAAUUGAAGUUGAACAAGAAGAACGUAAUAUACGUCGUGAAGAAAAACGUCGACGUAAAGAAGAUAAAAAAAAUAAAAAAUUAAAUAAAAAACUGAAAUUAUUAUCAAAUAUAGAUGAACAAAAAAUUAUUCAACAAUGUCUUUAUGAUCUAAUUGAAAAUAUUUGUCGUCAAGAAGAAAAUACAUUAAAUUUAAAACGAACGUUUGAUUAUUCAGAUGAUGAAUUAUCGAAAAAGAUUAAACUAAAUGAAAAAAGUUAA